UACCAGGGAAGUCCCUCAGUCAGUAUUUUUAAGAUCCUGGAGAGGAUCCUCUAAGUCUGUGGCUCUAAAAUAAUGGAACCAGCUCUAUACCAUAGAGGGAGCUCACGUUUGUGAAGCACUGAGAAAACCAGACUCCAUGAGCAAGGAAUUCUUAUAACUGCUCCGUGAUUGAAAUACCAAAAAACCUCCAAGGAAUGCUUAAAUAUGCAAAUUUGAUUUGAAAGUAUUCACCAGAAAACACUUCUUAAUGGCAUGACUGCUAUCUUCCUGAUGUCCAUGCUUUUUGGCCUUGCAUGUGGGCAAGCAAUGGCUUUUUGUAUUCCAACUGAGUAUAUGAUGCAUGUCGAAAGAAAAGAGUGUGCUUACUGCCUAACCAUCAACACUACCAUCUGUGCUGGAUAUUGUAUGACACGGGACUUCAAUGGCAAGCUGUUUCUUCCCAAAUAUGCUCUGUCCCAGGAUGUUUGUACAUAUAGAGACUUCAUGUACAAGACUGUAGAAAUACCAGGAUGCCCACGCCAUGUUACUCCUUAUUUCUCCUACCCUGUAGCUAUAAGCUGUAAGUGUGGCAAGUGUAAUACUGACUAUAGUGAUUGUAUACAUGAAGCCAUCAAAACAAACUACUGUACCAAACCUCAGGAGUCCUAUGUGGUGGGAUUUUCUAUCUAACUUCAAUUGCGAUGUAAUUUGCAAUUUGGUUAAAUGUGUUUACCUGGAAUAAAACUAAUUAAAUAUCGAUAUAUUUCACAACACCAUGUGUACAUUUGAGUACUACUUCAUCCAUACCCAU